ACGUAGCAAAACAAUAACUCACCCGCAGACUGCAGUGGUGCGCGCGUGACGAUUUUGGUUGGAGGAUGUCAAUGGCAACUCUGAUAAACCCCGCGAUCCCUUCUUCACCUUCUCGUCGCUUCUCCAUUCCCUUAACUAACCCUAAUUCUCACUUCGUUAAAGCUCCUUCGCUCCUUCGUUGCGUUAGGAAGAAUGGUGAAAUAAAUGGCUUAUCUAGAACUCCACCGCCGAUGGAUAAUGGAGGUGAAGAUGAUGCGGAAACGUCACUGGAAGAGUCAUCCAAUGUUGAGCUGGAAUCAAAGAAUAAUGAGAUAUGGCGAUUAUUCAAGGAAGCUCAGCAGAAUAUCUUGUAUUUGAAUAAACAACGGGUGAAGGCUGUUGAUGAGCUGAACAAAGCAAAGAGGGAGAAGCAAUUAUUGCUUAAUAAGAUAGAGCAAUUGGAGAAAGAAAACAAAAGAGUUAGUGGGAAAGAUAAUCUAGUUGUGUGCUGGGAACUGUUACUUCGGAUAGACUCAAUGGUCCUUGGUGGAAUGGUUAGCACUGAAGAGGCAUCUAAAUUGAGAAGGAUGGUCAUAGAUAGUAAAGUUAGUCUAGUGGAUGUAUUCUCAGGUUUGCUGCAGCAAAGAGAUGCUGAACUUCUUGCAGAACUCCGCCUCUUCUCUGAAGGAAGCAAAAGGAAAGGUUAUCAUGUCAUUCACAUAUGUACUGAAAUGGAACCGUUGAUCUCAGUAGGGCCCUUAGCACCAUACAUAACUGGCUUAUCUCGUGCGCUGCAAAGAAAGGGUCAUUUGGUGGAAGUUAUUUUGCCAAAGUAUGCUAGUCUUGACCUAGAUGAGGUUCAGGGGUUGCGAGAAAUUGAGGCAGACUCUUAUUCUUUCUUUAAUGGACAGCUGCAUGGAAACAGAAUCUGGACUGGGGUUGUCCGUGGCAUUGGAGUUACUUUUAUUCAACCUUUAUAUUUUUCAUCUUUUUUCAACCGAGAUGGGAUAUAUGACCAUCCAGACGACUUUGAACGAUUUACCUAUUUCUCUCGUGCUUCAUUGGAUUAUAUAGCCAAAUCCGGAAAGCAACCUGAUGUGUUACACUUACAUAACUGGGAGACUGCUAUUGUUGGACCUCUAUUCUGGGAUAUUUUUGCUAAACAGGGGCUAGGAAAUACUAGAAUAUUAUUAACUUGCCAAGGCUUUGACUCACAGUGUCUCGAUGAACCUGAUAAGCUAGCACUUUGUGGACUUGAUCCUGAUAGACUUCAUCGUCCUGACCGUUUUCAAGAUACAGCUAAGACACAUCUUGUGAACAUUUUGAAGGGUGGGGUAGUGUAUUCUAACAAGGUUAUAGUUAUGUCAUCCAUGCAUUCUAAAGGAAGGAUCAUUCACAGUAUGAGUCAUGGAUUGGAACCUACCUUAACCAUGCACAAGGAAAAAUUGCUUGUUGCUCCUUAUGGCUUUGAUAAUUCUACCUGGGAUCCAUCCACAGAUAAAUUUCUUCCAGUAAAUUAUAGUACAGAGAACAUGAGAGGAAAAUAUGCGUGCAAAGUUGCAGUACAACAGCAGGCUGGCAUAUCAACACAUGCUUCUUCUAUUCUGGUUGGAUGCAUCAUCUCAGAAGAAUCGGGUUUUGAUUUGGAGAAGCUGAAGGCAGUUGUGCGGAAUGCUAUCAGAGAGGGUGCACAGUUUGUAUUCUUGGGGAAUGGUUCAGUGUCGACUACAUAUAGAGCACUCAGAUCUUUCCAGGAAGCAGUUGAGGAUUCAAACGUGAAAUUCUUUUACAACUAUGACGAAGCGCUAUCACAUUUGGUUUUUGCAGGAUCUGACAUUAUGUUGUGCCAUUCCUUUCACGAUCCUCUACUUCAAGUUCCACUCAAGGCUUUAAGAUAUGGAGCUGCCCCGGUUUCAGAAGCCUCAGGUGAUAACCACCUCAGAUACUCGUCAGAUCAUGACCAUGAGAUCACUAAGUUCUCACAGUUCAUGAGAUCUACCUUCGGAGUUAUGUCUCUUAGCCAAGCCCUUGAUGAAAUGAAAAACAACCCAUCGACAUGGAAAACAAAGAUAUUGAACGCCAUGAAGAAGGACUUCUCGUGGGAUUCAGAAUGCUAUGAAACUCAUGUCUCGGCAUACAGUGCUGUUAAAAGUCUGUGAAAGCAGCAAUGAAUGUCAAAAGUACACGCAUGCUUCUUUACAUGUAUCAAUGUUGCCAUCACCAUGGGCAAAAGCAAAAAGUUGAAGUUGCGGCUCUAAAGUCAGAAUCUAUGAUGCUCGCCAUCAACGAAGAUCGACGCAUAUCAUCAGUCUUUGGGAUGGAAAAGCUUGUUUCCAGCCUCGAAAUCGCAAGUGCCAUUACUUUUUACGAGGUAACUUGGUUCAUACUUAUGCAUGUAUAUGUAGUUUACAUAUUAGAGGAUUUACCUUCCUCCCUUAGCUGUAAUUAAAUAACCUGAUAAAUGACCAAUUAUAUGGCAUAUAAUCCUCAGUACUUUUGAGGAUUGUGAAAGUUUUCCUC